AUGGCCCCUCUCCAAUCGACGGCACGGCAGCGAAGAAAAAACGGCAGCACCUCGUACUCUGUAGACCUUCUAAACAAUCUCCACAGCUCUACAGAUCGGGUCAGCCGUAGUUCUCCAGCUCGACCUCUACCCCCCUUCCAUCGCUCUACAGCUAGGAGGACGCAGGUACGGCAACGUGAUAUUUGGGAAGUUCCCGAAUCUCCAGAGACGGAUCGAUCAUCUGCGUUUACACAGAUCCCGCAAAGUGAGCCGACCACCCUUAGAGGCUCCAAAUCUCUACAGAGCGAGCUAGCCAGCAAUCAUACUCCCCUCCAAAUGCCUGCGGGGUUGCAACCAAUCUUACGGGUUGAAAUCGACAACAGAGUUAAAGAGGUGUCAAAUCAAGAGUCCGAUGAUGGCUCUGAUGAUGAGUCUAGCACUGGAGAUGACAUUCCCUUUAGAAAUGACUCUGUAGACGAUUCUGACUGUGAUGAGAAUUCUAGCAAAAAAGCCGACGAAAUCACUACAAACGAAAGCAUCCAAGGAACCAACGAUAAAGAUGGAAUUCCCUCGGUGGAGUUGUUGUCUGAGGAUCAAGUUGACUCUCCUGAGACACGCUCCAAGGAAUUUUCCCCUUCUCAGCAACUGCGCGAAUCUGAGUUUAUUACCGAACAUGGAGACGAAUUGGGAUCGAAUCGGGAAGAGGAAAUGGAAAUAGUCGAGGAAUCAGAGUACUCUCAAUCAGAAAGUGAGAGCGAAUCUGAGUUUUUUUCCGAACAUGGGGACAAAGUCGGAUUGAAUCGGGAAGAGGAAACGGUAGUAGUCGAAGAAUCAGGGUACUCUCAAUCAGAAAGUGAGAGCGAAUCUGACAAACCUCCGGCAGCGUCGGAUAUUCCCCAGCACUCGCCUGACGUGACUGAAACGCUUUCACCUGUUGCUAUAUGCCCGGAUCAAGACCGGCGCUCGACAGUCAGUUUUCAGCAAACAUCUCAUGUUGAGAAAAUGCGAGAGCGAAAAGCGUUGUCAACUUCCCGGGAGCCAUCACCAGAAGUUGACGGUGAUAUUUCUAGUGAAGGUGUUGCGAGAGACGUAACGAAAUCAGUCAGAGGUACGCCCAAUGAUACAAUAGAGCUUCUGUGGUUCAGAGAAGCUUCUGAGCUCGGGGGGCAGGGGAAGAAUUGGAACACCUUGAUCAGGGAGACGCGCACCUUGGCUCAGACUGCCAGGCCAUCGAAAGCCAAGUAUUUCAAAGGCAUCAAAAGUCUGUCAUCGAAGUUCAGAGAGAAAUACGCCGAGAUUGUCAGCUCUUUGGACGCCCAAUGCAGCCCGUCCCCGACGCUGGUGCACGAAUGUGACACCCUUUUCAACGCCAUCUCUCGAGAAGCAGACCUCUUCCUUGACAAAGUGUUCAAUAUCGCAAAACGGAGUGAAGAGCAUCAAUGGAUUAGCGGGGAAUUGGCAGAAGAAUUCGAAGCCCAUGUGUUUCCCCUGAUGGUGAAACUUACUCUUACCUGUUUCGAAGCGUAUUGCAAGAAGGCCCACGAGUUGUUUGCCCGCGCCCAGGAUCAUGUCGACCGGGCCAUGCGUUUAUUUCUACGACUCUGUGCCCGUAGUUACUACCUGGAGACCGAAAGAUACGUACAGUUCAAAGCUCGAGGUCAGUGUCUACUACGACCCCUCAAGAAACUAAUCGAGGCUUUAAACAACGGUUCAUUGAAAAGGGAGAGGGGAAGGGAACGAUUUGAAACGUCUGUCUCUGCCCAUGACAUUGAGAACGUCAAUAAAUCUGUCGGGGCUGGGAAGGAAUGGACGGAUGCCGAAGGAAUCGCUCUUUUGGACGGGCUGAAGCUCUAUCAAGACCGCGAUCGUUACAGUCAAAUUCUCGUGAAUUUCGGCACCCAACUGCGUGGACGAACGGUCGACGAGCUCCGGACCAAAGCGCAAGAGAUUCUGGACGCAUACCUGCCGACGAUCCUGAAGCAAGCGCCAACCCAAGAGGAACAACAGCAAUGGCAGUGGUUGUUGAGUGUGAGGGGUUCAUGA